UCCACCGUCCUUUAAUUUCCUUAACAUGCAAUCCUCAGCACACGCCAAUAUUCCUUUGUAUAUAAACAUUGAUCAUCACCAUCAAACACAUACAACAAAACCUUUCCAUCCCAAGUUACACAUUCAUAGCUAAUUAUCUACUGCAGCCCCUCAUCGCUUUGAAGCUUAUUCAACUCCAAGACAAUGCAAGCAAUCUCCCUUAGCUCCCUUGUACUACUACCAGGCCCUCGUUCAGGCAACUCGUUGCGCCGAAGAACACCCUUUGUAUCUGCAGCAUCGAAAGGAGACGCUUACGGCCACCACCAUCACUAUGGCGGCAAGUUAGUGGAUGAGAACAUGAUCAUUCUUAGAAUGAGAAUCCGUGAGAUUGAGAUGGUGGACAUGAAGACUAAUGCUCCUUCUGAUUGGACUGAAUGGGAGAAGAACUAUCUUGAGAAUUAUGGUUCGGAUGUUUGUGAAGCAGUUGGAAUGUUGCAGAGGUUGUUGAUGAACAUGAGACCUGGUUUAGCGGUGGGCAUGCUGGCUCUGGUUAUGAUGAGCAUGACCAUGUCAAUGUCGAUGCUUGUGUUUCAUCUGGUGGAGUUGGCUAAGGGAAUUACAUCAUCAUAUAAUUUCUGAAGGCCAAAUUUGAAAAAUUAGAUUUUAGUACACAUUUUGUCUGGUGCUAUGAAUUACCCUGUUAAAAAGUUUCAUUUACAAGUUGAGCGUAAAUAUAACAAAAA